ACGGGCGAGAGAGAGAGAAAUUCGCAGUAGAAGGAGAGCGCGAGCACAGCGGCGAUGGACGCUGAAAGAUAUCGCGUACGGGUGAGGGAGAGACAGAUUCUCAAUAGAGGGAGAUAGCGAGCACCGCGGCGAUGGCGGCCCAAGCAGCAUUUUGACGUCCGCCCGAUAUUAAGAUAAACACACUUAACGUUGGUAUCCAAUGUUUUUGCUACGUCGUUUAGAUUCUCUUUUACACUAAUUUGGGAAAUCAAACUUAAGUUAUACCAACGUUGGAAGCCGACUUAUUUAAGUUAAAUUGAGGUUACAUUUUUUCCACCAGUUUUAAUGUUGGUGUAGCGAGGAUUCGAGUGGGGAAACAAGACGCAAUUGCUAAGGGCCAUAUAUAGAGGCGUCGGUUCUGGACACACAUCAGUCAUUUGGCAGAUCUCAUACAGCACAGAUACAACGGCCCCAGCAGUUUUAUUAUUGCCGUUCGUAGAUUUAAAUUAAUCGUCUUCACCUGAGAAAAUACCGCCUGCCGAGAGGAGAGCCACAGAAGCAGAUGGCUCUAAAAGGAAUCAAAGUUUUAGAACUAGCUGGGCUAGCUCCUGGGCCUUUCUGUGGAAUGAUUUUGGCAGAUUUUGGGGCAUCUGUUAUCAGAGUAGAUAAGAUUAAAGGACAGAUGUUAAAAGAUUGUUUAGGCAAUGGAAAGAGGUCAAUAGCAUUAAAUUUAAAAUCUGAAAAGGGUAUUAAUAUUUUCAAAAAAUUAAGUGACGAAAGUGAUGUUAUUAUUGAUACAUAUAGGAGAGGAGUCAUGGAAAAAUUAAAAAUUAGCCCAAAAGAACUUAUGGUUACAAAUAAGAAACUGAUAUAUGCUAGAUUGACUGGAUAUGGUCAAAAUGGCUAUUAUGCAGAUAUGGCUGGUCAUGACAUCAAUUAUUUAGGUUUAUCAGGUUUACUGUCUUUACUUGGCCGAUAUAAUGAGAAACCUACACCACCCGUCAAUCUUGCUGCAGGUUUUGGUGGUGGUGGUUUGAUGUGCGCUCUUGGAAUAAUUUUAGCGUUGUAUGAACGAACUAAAAGUAAUGUAGGACAGAUAGUAGAUGCAUCAAUGGUAGAAGGAUCAGCAUACUUAGGAUCCUGGUUAUUCAGAUCCCAGAAAAUGGGUAUAUGGGAAAAUCCACGUGGCAGAAAUAUGUUGGAUACAGGAACACAUUUUUAUGAAACAUAUGAAACGAAGGAUAAGUGUUACAUGUGUGUUGGAGCGAUAGAACCACAGUUCUACAAAAUUUUCCUAGAGAAACUUGGUCUUUCAAGCACCGAUGUACCGCAAUUCGACAAUUUUGAAGAAAAUCGCCGCAAAAUCACGGAAAUCUUCAAAACGAAGACUCAAGCGGAAUGGUGCACUAUAUUUGAUAGUACUGAUGCAUGCGUGACACCGAUGUUAAGUUUGAAAGACGCCACGUCGCAUCUUCACAACAAGCAGAGGCAGACAUUUACGAUUAUAGGAGACGACAUAAUUCCAAAUCCUGCUCCUCGUUUAUCUCGUACACCUGGCAUUUCUCAUGGAACUGAUAAAAAUCUACAAGCGGGUGAAAACACCGUACAAAUCUUAACUGAAUUGAGAUUUCAGUCUAAUGAAAUUAACGAUCUAUUGUCAAACGAAAUUGUUUAUCAAGUGCAACUCUAAACUUAAACAUAUCCCAGCAAACACAGAACAUAGCAGCAACAUUGCGGCAAUGUUGUAACAUUGUAGCAACAUCACAGCAAUAUUACAACAUGUUCUGUGUUUGCUGGGACAGAUAAUAUCAGACUUAUGGAUAUAGAAUUCCAAUAAUUUGAUUAAUGGUAUUAUAUACCCAGAUAGCACAAGGACAUCCAUUGUAUGUCCAAUGGAUAUCCGCUUCUGGACAUUCGGACGUCCAUUAAGAGUCCAAAUAAGGUCCGUCGGACAUUCGAUGGACGUCCAUAGGAUAUACGUUUGGCACAACUUUGUACGUUCAUAGAAAGUCCUUUAAUGGUCAUCCAUGGGAUAUAUGUUUGUCACAAUUUCGGACAUUCAUAGAAAGUCCGAAAUAAACCAAAUUUUGGACCUAUUAUAAUUUAAUUAUUUUUUUGGGGCCUUUUUCAAU